AACGUCUCCAAUUGGCUGUGUGAAAACGUAUCCCAAGAAGAGGACCCUCCCAGCGAGAAAACCAAGGUUGGGUCGGACCUGAAACCCUAAAAGCGCAGAAAUCCUUCAGCCCCUCCUUGCCUUCGGAUCGCAAGAACCAGCAGCGGCGGCGGUGCCUACGGACGGAGUUUGCUCUUGAACUCGAUGGAUCUGAACUUUGGGCUGCAGAAUCAUCAGUGCGGCUGUGGGGGGAUCACUACGUGCUGAUCUCCGGCAAGGGGCGCCUGCUAAUUAUUGUUAUUUUUCUGCGGGGGUGACCAGUAGCUGGGCGCUCGGCACGAUGUUUCUUGCCACCUUGUACUUCGUGCUGCCGCUCGUGGAUAUUCUUUUGACGGCCGAAGUCAGUGGCGGGGACCAUUUGGACUGUGUGAAAGCCAGCGACCAGUGUCUCAAGGAGCAGAGCUGUAGUACCAAGUACAGAACCCUGAGGCAGUGCGUGGCGGGCAAGGAGACCAACUUCAGCCUGGCAUCUGGGCUGGAGGCGAAGGAUGAGUGUAGGAACGCCAUGGAAGCCCUGAAGCAAAAGGCACUUUACAAUUGCCGGUGUAAGAGGGGAAUGAAGAAGGAGAAAAAUUGCCUGCGCAUUUACUGGAGCAUGUACCAAAGCUUGCAGGGAAAUGACUUGCUUGAAGAUUCCCCAUAUGAACCAGUUAACAGCAGAUUAUCAGAUAUAUUACGACUAGUCCCACAUAUGCCAGAUGUUUUCCAGCAAGUGGAGACUAUUUCAAAGGGGAACAAUUGUCUGGAUGCGGCCAAAGCCUGCAACCUCAAUGACACAUGCAAGAAGUACCGAUCGGCAUACAUCACCCCUUGCACCACCAGCCUGACCAAUGAAGUCUGCAACAGGAGGAAGUGUCAUAAGGCUCUUCGGCAGUUUUUUGACAAGGUUCCCCCAAAGCACAGCUAUGGGAUGCUCUUCUGUUCAUGUCAAGACAUAGCCUGCACUGAGAGAAGAAGGCAGACCAUUGUGCCCCUGUGCUCUUAUGAGGAAAAGGAGAAGCCAAACUGUUUGAAUUUGCAGGAUUCCUGCAAGACGAAUUACAUCUGCAGAUCUCGCCUUGCGGAUUUUUUCACAAACUGCCAGCCUGAAUCACGGUCUGUUAGCAGCUGUCUAAAGGAAAACUAUGCUGACUGCCUUCUUGCCUACUCUGGGCUUAUUGGCACAGUGAUGACACCUAACUACAUAGACUCUAACAGCCUCAGUGUGGCCCCCUGGUGUGACUGUAACAACAGUGGUAAUGACUUAGAAGAAUGCCAGAAAUUUUUGAAUUUCUUCAAGGAUAACAUGUGUCUCAAAAAUGCCAUCCAGGCCUUUGGCAAUGGCUCUGAUGUGAAUGUCUGGCAGCCAGUCCUCCCGGGGCAGACCACCACAGCCACGACCACAACAGCCUUCAGGGUCAGGAGCAACAAGUCUCUGGGAUCAGGGUCGGAGAAUGAAAUCUCUUCACACGUUUUGCCACCGUGUGCAAACUUACAGGCACAGAAGCUAAAAUCCAAUGCUUCAGGAAACCCACACCUCUGCCUGGCUGAUCGGGAUUUUGACAAAGACAGAGCUGGGGGCUCCAGCCAAAUGGCCUCCGACUCCGUGGCUGCGCCUACAAGUGGGAGUCUAAGCAAAUUGCUGAUCCUGACCAUCACUGCACUGAAGACCUUCUUGUCCAUAAGUCUGGCAGAAACAUUGUAGCCCUAUUAACAAACAAACAAACAAACAACCACAUACGGACAUGUACAAAAACAAAACAAAACAAAAAAAAACAAGCCGUUUCCUGUUCUUUGUUGUCUAUCUGAAUUCCAGUUUUAGGAGCUAAGUUGAAGCAGUCUGCUAAAAGAGUUUCAUUCAACUGGAAUUUUUUUUUCUUUUUAAAGAAAGAUUCUUGUGAUAUUUAGGGACCUUUGUGGAAUACUUGAUGCAGUGCACAUUCCAAACCCAAAAGGCUUUUGAGCAUGCUGUAUUUUAAAGAGAAGACAGUGUGUGAAUUUGGCUAUAAAACUAACAGGCUUUUUAUUGUUAUUAUUUUUUUUAAAUGGUUUUAACCCUGGCCUUUAUUUGCAAAGAACUAAGUUUGUUUUCCUAAUAUCUUCCCUAUUUCAUUGAACAGAUUUGGUUUCAAAUUAAGCGAACAACAGACUAACUGGGAUGCCAGUUUUUUUGGUUUUUUGUUUUUUUUUUGUCACCGCAUAAAGGUUCUCACCAAGAAUGAAUAUGAAAACAUUUCUUCUCAUAGACUGCUACUGAUGUUAAGCUUUCUAAAUGUAUUAGCAUCUUCCUCCUUAAUGUUUAUGAACUCUUAAGUGGUUUUACAUUCUCUCCUGCUAAAAUAUGAUAUGUCACAUACAGAUGUAAUGUAUGUUUCUCAGUUAUGAUGUCAUAAAAGUGGGGGGUGGGAGUUUGCAACUUGCUAACGGUAUGUUAAUCAUUUAAAUACACUCAUCUAAGCCUUAUAUGGGUGAGAAUUCCUUAACUAACAAGAGUCAGACAUAAUGGAAGCUUAACUCUAAUAAUCUUUACAUUUAUGAGAUUAUAUAUAGAAACAAAUUUUACUAAAUGGUUUCAAAUGUUGGCUUUCUAUAUUUUGGACCUAAUAAUACUAUCCCCAUUUUUUACUGUUGGUUUAAUACAAAAUACAUGGAGUUCAUUUCCCUCUCAUAGAACUGUUUUAUCUGUCUAUAUUAGUAACACUAUAAAUAUAACUCCUUAAAAGCAGAAUUCUAGGAGCCUUAUGCUUUUUCAGAAAGCUCUGCAUCACAUUAUGGUAGACUGGAACAGGGGGGAAACAGAAUCCUAAGGCUAAUUAAUCAUUGACCAUUUGCAGAAGUAUAUACUCAUCUGAAGGAGGAAAAUAUUGGCCAGUUACAAAACGGUCUAGUUCUAAUUGCUGCAUUGCUAGUUCACAUAAUGUAAUGGUUCUGGUUUUGCUUCCCUUAACAAGGACGGCCUUCAUUGGAUGAGGCGAAAUCCUCUACCCCAUCCUUUAAGCAUCUGCACAGUUCCUUUCCUGAGGGUUGUCUUUAUUCUUCACGGUGACGGCUUAGUUACUCUUACGGGCAGUUAUGUCUAAAUGAUCCACAGUAAUCGAGUUUUAUCGAGUUGCAUCUCAUCCCCCCCCACCCCUCCAUGACAGACAAUAACAGAGUUAAAGCAAAGGGUUCAUUAUGUUGGCUUUAGGGUCUUCAAGUAAAACUCCCAUUGUAAUGUACUGAGUCCAUAGUGAUUGUUCUGUCAGUAUAGGACAAGGAUAAAAAUAGAGACUAACUACAGGGCUGCCUCAGUGUAGGGAAAAGCUAAGUCCUGUGGGCAAAACACUGGGUCUGUAGAUCUCCCCAUUCUAUUCCAUAAUUCUUAAUUGAGGUACAAUUCUAAAAUAUGUUUUUGAGGCCUGGCUAUUUUGGAGGUAAAUCAGAUCCAAGAUAUAUAUGUGGAGGGAUGUGCACCCCUCUAGACAGAGUCAACUCAAUAAUAGCAUUACUCUUGGAUUUAAUGCUGAUAAAUUGAAGUUUUUUUUUUUAAAUUCAGCAGCGAGGCUUGGGGGAAGAAAUCCACAUUUGGUGUGCACCAUCUUAGCAUCACAUAGUCCUUCCUUCCCCCCCCCAGGUUUGAAGUUAUUUUCCUCCUGAGUGUCAAUGGAAUUACUGAAAGAGAAAAUAUACAUGUGUGUAUGUGUGUGUGGGGGGUGUGUGUGUGUGUGUGUGUGUGUGUAAAAUGAGAAAGAAGAAGAAAUGGCUGCUGUACAAUCAAGGUAAAGACCUAGUCUUUUAAGUAUAAUUGAGUUAGAAGCAUAUUCAUACACAAAUGCUUUUGAAUACAUAUUUCUAAGUAUAAUUGCAACAUUCUUCAGUUAACAAAUAGUCUUAAGAAAAACUUGAUAAACAUAACCUAUUUCAUCUGUCAAAACUUUCUUAAACAUCCUACUUAGAAUGAGCACAUUAAGUAUGUUGAAAUAUCUGGAAGGCUAACAAUUAGUAAAUAUCACUUAAAGAACAUAUUUUGCUUUAAUUACACUAUCUCUGUAUCUACUCUCUGCUAAUUACAUAUGGGUCUGAUGCUGUGUAGGCCACUAUAAAACGCUAUUGAUUACUUCUGCUGUAAACAGCAGCUCUAAUUAGCUUCAGAUGACCAAAGAGGAAAUGGUAGUUAUCAGAUCUAACAAGGGUCGCCUUCAGUAAUAAGCUCAUGGAUAUAAAACAGACGUAAAUUAUAUUUUGAAAAGCCUCAUCUAUCACCAACAAGAAAGUUCUUGUUUUUCUUCAAAGCCAAAAGCAUAUUCUAGUUUCCAAAUCCUUAAUUUGAAAAUAAAUUGCUUAUUAAACAAGCAGGAUGUGGGAAUGGAUUUUCAGUUGUCCAAUCUUUUAUUGAAGUUCUUAUGGACUUAAGCCAGCUGAGAUUAGGAUGAAUUCUUUCUAGAUGAAUUUGACAUGAGUGAUGUCAGCUUAACACAGUAACCUUGUCAACACUGUCAUUUGCACCAACUCUCAAAUAAGCAAAUGAUGUAGUUCUUUUUGAUUGAUUGUGUCCAUUGAAUGUUGACCAGAAAAGGGCCUGGAAAAUUCAAGUGUUCCCUCUCUUAGUUUUUAGCUUAUGUAUUUUUUGAAUUCACCAAAUAUGAAUGUUAGCCAUUGGAAUGUGGGAAAUAACAGUUGAUUCUAAGACUAAGUACAGUGGAAGUUGAUAGGAUGAGGCUGAUUUCAAAUAGGAAUUAACAAACAUAUAGGACCUGUUCCAAUGUCAGGAAAUCCCACUGACCCUUUUGGUUCAAAGAAAACAAGCAAGUCUGCUAAAAGAAUUAGAAGCACAGUCCAAUUUGAUGUCGACUUUAUUUAACCAAUUUUUAUUGUCUUGAUUAUAGCACACAAAGGAAAAAAAAAGUGCACAAUGUACAGUGGGGAUGCAAAAUGCUACCAUAUGCCUAUUUUACCAUAUCUGUUUUGUCCAAACCACUAAUAGAAAUCUAGGACAAGAAUCCAGAGAAUAUUUUUGGUUAAGAGUUAACAAUUGUAUCUCUAUUACGUAGUUGUUUGACUGGGUGGUUUCUAUUUUUAAAAUAUAUUAAAAUUUUUCUUUUGAAGUUAGCACAGAAUAUUAGAUCCCUUGUCCAAGAGUUUGUAAAUGACUGUGCAGUGCCCCUUUCAGAAUUGUCACCUUUAAUUUGGUCUAUAUUAAGACCAGUUCCUAUCUUAAAUGCACACAGAGAGUGGGUAGUCUCCAUUACAUCCUAGGCCCCACAUGUUACUUUCUGCUCUAAAUCAGAUAUUUCUUUCUAAACCUUCCAUCUGCUGAACACAGAAAAGUGGGAGAACUGAAACACUUGAAUCAGUGUGAGUACUUGGGGGGAGGGGAAGAAGAGAUGUAGAAGCAGUGGGAGUUGAUAUAAUUAGCAAAAUCUUUUCUUAAAUUCCAGCUUUAAAUGGAUUUCUGUUGUUGUUGAUUAUGAAAGAGUAGCCCCAGAAGAAAAGCUUUGAAAAAAUAAGUUCUCAUUCAUGUUGACAGGCAAAUACCACUUAUUUGAAUCAAUGAACUACAUGGCAGAAAGUACCACUUGACUAAAAAACAUGGGCUUAAAAAUUUCUUACCACCUAGUUCUUAGCUCCUUUGAUAGAUAAAUUUCCUUCUGAGCAUUCUCUGUCUUAUCUCUCUCUGGUAAAGAUAAGUAAGACCAAGAACCUAUCUUCUAGAUUCAAAGUAUGAAUAAAUAAUAAUUAAAGUAUUUGUCAAAAAAAGCUGAAGUGGUCAGAGCACCAGCAAAGGUAAAUUGAAGUUAUUCCAAGAGUUCUGUGGAAAAGCAUAGCAUUUACCAAGGAAAAAGGAACUUUUAAGACAGGAGAAAGCAUCAAGAUGGAACUUUGGAAUGGCUGGCAGUCACUGGUUCAGGAUUUAAUGUGUUAUAUGUGAUGAUAGUCCUCAUUGAUUAGAGUUAACAACUUCUAAUCAACAAAAGAGAGAGUUAGAUUUUUUGAAAAAUCCUUUUGAGAAAGGUGUAAAGGAAAAACCAAUAAACUUAGGGUUAGUUCUUGUUUCCGAUCUUUUAAAAUUAAACAAAGAUCAAUCUCAAUUUUUAUUUUUUGAUUUCCUCCUCACUUCCAAAAUAUCGUUCUCAAGUUGUAACUGAUAACUUUUAUCUUUGACUGCUUCAUUCAGAUUUUACUGGUGGAUAUAGACAGCCUUACUCCUCAAAUGCCAGGUAUUUUAGACCAAUUUGCCAGAUUCUUCUCAUGAUUCUCCACUGCAGAAUCCCUGAACUACGUUCUUAUGCUUCAAUCCAAAUGGAUUUGGCUCAGCUCAUGAUCAUUUUUCCAUAAAACAUCUAAACCAUGGAAUUGGCAGAAACUGCCUUGUUAAUGGGAUGCACACUAUGGGAUGCAAAAUCAGUCAACUCCCCAUGAUGUUUCAUCUUGAAAGAUUUGCUUUGUUUCUUCUGAAAUUGGUUAUUGGCCUUUCUGGUCAUUUACUUGAUUUGCCUUCUUCCCCUUUCCAUUUCCCCUACUGACUUAAUUUAAUUUCCCCCUCCCCACAGUUCUCUUCUUGUGUUAACUCUAAAUUUACUCCUAAUCAAACAAAUACCAGAACCCUUUUUCAUGCUUAGCCUUGGCUUUCCCAAAGCCUGUCUGCCAUCUCUUUUCAAGAGUAAAACACAUAAACUCUACAAUCCAUCUUUCCCAUCCAUCAUCCCAAGAUAGGAAAUUGGCCCUAAAAUCCUAACUAGGCAAAUCACAUCAAUGAACUGGUUCAAGAUUGUUCUUAAUUUGACUCCAACGGAUGUCUGAAGGGAGGUAGCUCUUAACAUUAUCAAAAAAAGUGAUGGAACACUCACAGACCUGAAAUCUUCCAAAAUGUGGUCCAUACUAUGGCACCUUGGGAGCAGAGCAAGCCUUAGCCAUGUUUAAUUCAGUAGACUGUAGGGAAGAUGGAAACAUCCUGAUAUUCAUUCAAGGUCUUGGUCUCCGAAGGUCUCUAAGCUCAUUUGACCAGCACAGCUGUGACUGGGGCUGCUCACUUCCAGCAGGUGCCAAUAGCAGCAUCCUGUCACGCUGCCAUGUGGAAUUCAUUUUUGCCAAGGGCAGCUGCCAAGCCCAAUAGCCAGCUUCAGUAGGAGCUUUCUCUGGUUUGACCUCUUUUCCUAACCCAGACAGAUUCCUUUACUUAUUUUUUGCUGUUUGUCCAAGGUGGAAGAUGAUUGGCUUAGGCAACUUAGGGGAGAAUUAAUCAGAUGAUGUUCCUUCUCAUGGGCCCAGACAGCAUGCCUUUUCUCAAAAUUCUCCUUUUUCUGUGACCUUGCUCUUCACAAGAAAUUACUGGAUAUUAGAAAAAAAAUCAUUAAGGCAUCCCUGCUCUCUCCGCCUUGCACUGAGCUCCUAUUUUGGGAUUUUGAGUUUUUCCAUCUGAGGUCCACAAAUCUAUAGAAGUAUGAAACUCGGUGGGAUGGGAGAAGUGGGUUGAAGAUGGAGGAAUGAGAUCUGAGACCCUUGAAGUCAAUCUAGCUUGAUUUCCUUUGUAUACCCCAUAGUAUGUUGGAUAGUGCCAGCUUAAAAGUGCUUUCAGUUUCUGGCAGGGACUGAGUCCUGAAGACAUAAUGAUCUGCAAAGCUUUUCAUCUUUAACUCACCUGAUUAAAUUCAGAGCAGCCUGGAAAAAGAAGAAGGACUUCAUUCCCCCAAGACCUCCGGUGGGGAUGGGCAGAGAUAAUAUCCAUAAUUCAGGUGACUAGGUCUUCAGUUGGGAAGAGAAAUUGAGCAAGCAGUCCUGCUUAUAGCUUUGGAAGUCUGAUUCCCUCCUGAACCUCGUGACUGCUGAGUUAUAGGGAAAGCUGCCCAUGGGCAAAGAAGGGCAAAUGUCUCUUUGCUGGCCUUUUGCACAGAUAUUAAAUUCCCUUUAUAAUUACCUUAUGAACUUACUUUUCAGAGCCUGAGUCUCUGAGAGAAAGUCCAACAAGCUUGCCAGCCACAGCCACUCACCUAUUACAGGCAGACAGAGAACAGGGGCAAUCAAAUUUGCCCUUAACCAUGAACCUAAAGUGAAGGCAGCCACAAUAGCCCCUGAAUCACUCUCCUGAGCCAUUGGGAAAUACAAAUUCUGCCAAGCCCAGAAGCCAGUGGAGCUGCUGAAGCCAUAAGGUAAUAGGAAGUGAUUUUAUCAGAAACCACUUUUUUCCCGUUGUCCAGUGCAAGGCAGCAUAUAAGGGAAAACCUGAGAAAGUAAAAUAAAUUUUGAUUAAAGUGGCAACAAACCCAGAGCUGUGAAAUGAUGCUGUUUGAUGUGCAGGGACACAACUUGGACCUAGAAUACUAAGAAUUAAGUUUAAAAAGUGCUGACAAGGUAAAUAGAUAGCCUAGAUUUAUAAGGGAGGUGGAAAGGUUACCGGCCUCUUGGAAAUUACUGAGGGUUGUCAGUCAAGGGCUCUGGUCACUGCUCCAGCUCUUCACCUGGUGCUCACUUUCCCUUCAGUGUGUUGGCGGCUAACCCCAAGGCUUAGCAGUGCUCGCAGUAGGAUGCUCCUCGAGCUGCAGCUGGUGGGAAUGAGCACAUGAGACAGGGUUAUGGGAAACCUGAAUUUCCUCCCUGGCUUGUAAAGUGUGCUUGAUCUGGAAUUUGGCUUUCUAUUUCCCCUGUUUGUCUGGAGGCAUUUCUGAAAGCAGGAAAGGAAACUGAUAAAGGUGGACCGACUCCCAGACUGCUCUGCCUUGUUUGGCUGUGGUCUCACUCUAAUCAGGCAGUUUUUUGGAUACACUCUACUAUGCUUUUUCCCCCGGAUAUAAAUGAUUCAACUUAAGAGGGUUGAAGGAAAAGCUUUAGGAGAAACAAAGCCCAGGGUAGGGGG